GUCCCCCCGGCAUCCCCGCUGCCCGCGACCAUAGGCCGCUCCGCUCCACCCCGCCGCGACUUUCGUCCCAGCUCCGCCGCAUCUCUCCUCCUCCACCUCUACCCCGCCGCUCGGGCCAGCUAGCAGGCAUCCACUGCGCCGCAACCGCGCGCAGCCAGCAGCCAGCCAGCCAUGGAGAAGCGACGGCGAGGCAGCGGCGGCGUGCCGUCCUUGGCGGUGGCGGUGCUGGCGGCGCUCCUGGCGGCGGCCUCGAUGCCGUCGCCGCCCCGCGUGGCGGCCGCGCUGUCGCCGGACUACUACAAGGACAGCUGCCCGGGCCUGGAGUCGAUCGUGCGGUACGAGGUGGCGAGGAAGAAGAACGAGACGGUGGUCACCAUCCCGGCGACGCUCCGCCUCGUCUUCCACGACUGCAUGGUCGGGGGCUGCGACGCCGCCGUCCUGAUCGCGUCCAAGAACAACGACGCCGAGAAGGACGCGCCGGACAACGAGUCGCUCGCCGGCGACGGCUUCGACACCAUCAACCGGGUCAAGGCGGCCGUCGAGAAGAGGUGCCCCGGCGUGGUGUCCUGCGCCGACAUCAUCGCGCUCGCCGCCAGAGACGUCGUCUACCUGGCGGAUGGCCCCUACUGGCGCGUCGAGCUCGGCCGUCUGGACGGGCUCGAUUCCAGGGCCAGCGACGUCAAGGGGAAGCUGCCGGACCCGGACAUGCACGUCAAGGACCUCACGCCGGUGUUCCAGCGGAACGGCUUCACGGAGGUGGACAUGGUCGCGCUCUCCGGCGCGCACACCGUCGGCUUCGCGCACUGCAGCCGCUUCACCGACAGGCUCUACAGCUACGGCGGCGCGCGGACGGACCCGUCGUUCAACCCCGCCUACGCGUACCAGCUCAAGCAGGCGUGCCCCAUAGACGUCGGCCCCACCAUCGCCGUCAACAUGGACCCCGUCAGCCCCAUCAGGUUCGACAACGCCUACUACGCCAACCUCCAGGACGGGCUGGGGCUCUUCACCUCCGACCAGGUGCUCUACGCCGACGAGGCGACCAGGCCCAUCGUCGACAUGUUCGCCGCCAGCCAGAAGGACUUCUUCGAUGCUUUCGUCGCCGCCAUGCUCAAGCUGGGGAGGCUAGGGGUGAAGACGGGGAAGGACGGAGAGAUCAGAAGAGUCUGCACUGCCUUCAACCAUUAGUAGAGGCCUCUCCUGCGUGCAGCAGCGUUUGUAAUCCAGAUUAUCUCAAGCUCAUGCUGUUUGGAGUUCGAUCGAGAUGCGUAUACUGAGAUUGAUGAUUGAUCAUUUUUCUUUUUCUUCUUUUUUUGUUGCAUACACUUGCCAAAGCUUGAAGGUGUUCUUUCUCCUCUGUUUGUUUCUUCCUUUUUUUUCUUUUCUUCUUUAAUAACCUUUUUACCUUACUUUUUUUUGGGUGCAAUUUUUGUACAGACUGAAGAGUGUAAUACCAUGAACAACUUGAAGAUUUUUAAUUGAAAAAGGUUAA